CAUGGCGGGCGGGCGGGCGGGUGGGGAGAGGCACAACAGGAAGUGAGUUCUGGUUCCUGGGUUAAGGUGCUCCGGCGGGACCCAGCGCCCUGUGCCGGGAGCGGCCGCGGGCUCCGCGAGGCGCUCAUCUCUUAACUUGACCAUCCUUUCAGUGAUGAAACGACAUUGGGAAUUAUGGACAAAAACAUUGGAGAGCAACUUAACAAAGCUUAUGAAGCCUAUCGACAAGCAUGCAUGGAUAGGGACCAUGCUGUGAGAGAACUACAGCAAAAAACAGAGAACUACAUGCAGCAAAUAUGUGAACAGCAGGAACAGAUAGAGCUUCAAAACAGCAUUAUUGCAAAACUGAAUUCACAGUUAGCUGCUCUGAAUGCUAAUAGAGGUAAUGUGCAUCCCUACAUUCUGAGGCACGAAGACCUUGAAACCUCCAACUUAUCUUUUAGCCAGCUCUCUGAAAAACUGAAUGUAGCAAAGCGAAGAGAAAGACUCUUAAAGGAACAGUUAGAAAAUGAGAGCAUGAAGUUGAAGCAACUUGAGGACAGAAACAGUCAAAAGGAAAGGAAGCUUAUGUCUAUUAUUUCCAACCAAGAAGAUAAAAUACGAACUCUGAAAAACAAGUUGAAAGAAUUAAACGACGCCCAAAAGGGUACACAGAUGCCAACAUACAAAAUAGAGGUGAAAAGUAAGAAACUUGUUCCAGAUAAGCCUGAAUUAUCUAUAGGGAUUUCUGGUAUUUCACCUUUGCCUGAAAGGGAGAAUCUGGAGACUAUUUUUCAGGAGAUGAAAGAAGAGUGUCAUCGAAUAUGUAUGCUAGCCAGAGAACAAACAGACCAACUGAGUAAAUUUAAAAUAAAGCCAGAACCUGAAACUGAAAUACAGUUUUCCAUGCCAAUACAGUGUACUGAUAAAACUGAUGAACAAGCAGAAGAGCUUUUUAAGCCUCGGGUUAUACAGGAUAUAAAUAGAGGUGCAUCAUGCAUCACAUCUAUCACACCAAGAGGAGUGGGCCAAGAUGAGGACAACAACUCUGUAGAAUCACUUUCUAAAUUUAAUGUCAAGUUUCCACCUACAGACAAUGACUCUGCUUUCUUGCAGAGCACUCAGGAAAAAGUAACAGUUCCUUGCUCUGGUAUAGCUGAAAACAUGCUUCAAGAUCUUCAUUUUAACCGGGAGCACAGAGACCGUGCUGUUAACCUCAGUAAAUUGGAACCUAACUCAUUUGAAGCUCAUGGAGCUGAUCUCGUGACCUCAGCUUUACAAAGCUUAACUACUGUUGACAAAACAAACCCUCCAAAUCGUGCAAACAUGCCCAUAGAAAAUACCCGUGACAAAACAUGCUUGAAAACAACAGACACUGCUUUCACGUUUAUAUCUAAGCACGCAAGCCAAGGUGCACCUGAAGCAAUUUUUCCUUCUUUAGAAGCUGCCGGAACAACCAUCAGAGGUCCUCAUCAGCUCAUUUGGCAGCCUCAGGACAAUGAUUUGCUGGCACAAACUUAUACAGACUCUGAACUGAAUCAGCGUGGAGUAUGUGAAUUUUGUCGAGAAGUUUUCCCACCAUCUCUAACAUCUAAGGAAGAUUUUCUUCGGCAUCUGUAUUCCCACUUUGAAGUACAGUCUUAACGUAUGAGAAUUCAAUGGAUCACUGUUUUUGCAUACAUUUGAUUUUUUUUAUUAUUGAAUAGAUUUGCUAAGAAUUUAAGAAUUAAGAUUUCUUGUAACAAGAACUAACCGAAAUUGUCAGAUAAGCACAUUUUUUUUCGUUGUCAUUUGACAAGGUAAAAUGCCACUGUAAAUCAGUACUGUAAUUCACAUUACUGCUUGUCAUGCUUCAAUGUUACCAUUGGGAUUGUAGUUAAAAGCUUUUUUUUUUCCCCCAAUUAAUCUUUCCCUGAAUAGGCUCGAAGUCGUGAUUAUAUUUAUGAGUACAGAUUUGCAGGAUUAUGUCUUUAAUCUGGGUAGAUAAAUUGGUGUACUGCUAGGAUUUCUGCUCAAUAUCCAGUGAUAUUCUCUUGAAGGGAAUGGGGAGAGGUAGGCUCUCAUUUUUAGUUUCUGUUAUAAAAUCUGUUAUAAAAAAUAACAAUUGUGUUAAUGUACCUUUCUAGCAUUAAUCAUUAGUCAAACUACUUUCGUGGAAAAUAUUAAUAUGAAGGAUGGAGUAAGAAAAGGCUGAAGCGUCCCUAGAAGUAAGAAUACCGAAGAUGGAAAGCUUUACCUUUCCUUCUGGUCUGCUAUGAAGGAUUGUUCAAGUCUGUUAUGGCUUAGACAGGCAAGGGGAAAACCUAAUCACAGAAAUCUCAGUGACUUCAGUUCUAACCUGAAUACGCAGAAUGGUUUUCUCAAUGGAAUUUAAAUGCAUUUAGUCAAAAUGUUGCAUUUUGAUAAAAGUUUGCACAUUUUAUAGGUUUAUUGAGUUCAAAUUUAAAAGUCAUCGGUUUUUUACUAAAAAAAUUAAUGAUAAUAGGUGACAUAGAGCUUUUGGCAUUUGAACUGAGUGUAGUUUUUAACCCUGAUUUUUUUAUAAAAAUUAGCAUUAAUAUUUUUAUAGCAGCAAAGUACAAGUCUUUUUAAAGAUUUGUUCGCAGGUGACCUGGGGAAAAAAAAUACACCCGGGUAAUUUUUAGAAUGGAUUUUUCUGCAGUUAUUUGCUCUAUUUUAAAUAUCUCAUGUCAACAGUGUGUACUGUAAUAAACAGUAGUGCACAGUGCACGUCUGCUUUGUGGCUUGGAGAAAGACUUUGUUCCUGUUAGAAGCUCUCAGCCCCCGCCAGUAGUGGUGCUGAGGGUCCGUUCGGUGCCGGACUGCCUGUGCAGCUGUGACGUACCUCACAGUGCAGCUGGGAGGCUGCUGGGGAGCAGAGCUUCCAGCACCGGGAGGGGAGCUGGGGAUUUGCAGUCUCCAGCCUAUCCAACAGAAAACCAACUUCUCUCUACUGUGGAAUCCUAGCUCAGGAGCUCACAUUAUUAAGCCCGCAUCAACUGCGGUUCACCUUUAAAGAAAAUAAAGUCAUCCCUGGCACACACC